GGAGGAAUGAACCACAAGAGUAAGAAGAGGAUCAAAGAGGCGAAACGGAGCGCCAGGCCCGAGCUGAAAGACUCUCUGGACUGGAUAAAACACGGCUACCAUGAGACCUUCGACCUGUCGCACCGCACCGUGAAGGACAACGUGGAGCGAGUGGACGCCCUCCACCUCAGUCCCGAGGAGUUCAUCCAGCGCUUCGAGAGGCCCUACAAGCCCGUUGUCCUGCUCGGCUGCCAGGAGAGCUGGCCGGCCCGGGAGAAAUGGACCCUGGAGCGCCUCAAACGCAAAUACCGCAACCAGAAGUUCAAGUGCGGUGAGGACAACGACGGCUACUCGGUGAAGAUGAAGAUGAAGUACUACACGGAGUACCUGGAGUCCACCAGGGACGACAGCCCGCUCUACAUCUUCGACAGCAGCUACGGCGAACACGCCAAGCGCCGCAAGCUGCUGGAGGACUACCAGGUUCCAGUGUUCUUCAGGGACGACCUGUUCCAGUUUGCUGGGGAGAAACGCCGGCCGCCGUACAGGUGGUUCGUGAUGGGCCCGGCCCGCUCCGGUACCGGCAUCCACAUCGACCCGCUGGGCACCAGCGCCUGGAACGCCCUGGUUCAGGGCCACAAGAGGUGGUGCCUGUUCCCCACCAACACUCCCAGAGAGCUGAUCAAGGUGACCAGAGAGGACGGAGGCAACCAGCAGGACGAGGCUAUCACCUGGUUCAGCGUCGUUUACCCACGGACUCAGCAGCCGUCGUGGCCGCCCGAGUUCAGGCCGCUGGAGAUCCUGCAGAGACCCGGAGAGACGGUGUUCGUACCCGGAGGAUGGUGGCACGUUGUUCUUAACCUGGACACGACGAUCGCCGUCACCCAGAACUUCGCCAGCACGACCAACUUCCCCAUCGUGUGGCACAAAACGGUCCGAGGACGUCCCAAGCUCUCCAGGAAGUGGUACCGCAUUUUGAAGCAGGAGCGACCCGACCUAGCGGCGCUGGCAGACAAAGUGGACCUACAGGAAUCCACGGGUAUCGCAUCUGACAGCUCUAGUGACUCUUCAUCCUCUUCAUCCUCCAGCUCGUCCGACUCCAACUCUGAUGCAGAGUCGGGCUCGGAGGGCGACGCCAUGUCUCACCGCCGAAAGAAGCGUCGGACCUGCGGGACGGCAGCAAACGGCGACACCAGCAACCAGGACGACUGUGUCAGCAAGGAGAGGAGCUCGUCACGGUGACCUCCGACCUCCGGCGGCGGCGGCUUCGCUCUCGGACAGACCUCCACUCCAGCUGCUUCUGGUCGAGUUUACGUCCCCGGACGGAGGCUGUCUGCAGAAACAAGAUGGCCGCCGUCACCGAGAGGCUGCUGGAGACCUGCCACCACUGUGCUUUCAACACCAACCAGUCUCUGUUUGUCUCUGUAGGAACUGGGACUCUUAAAAGUCACUCAGCUGCUUUCUGACGUGAGAAACUGAUAUUUUCUUUGACUAAAAUUAUCAACAGCCGAAGACACCGUUUGGCUUCUGGGGGGUUUUCUGCUGCGAGUUCUGGACACAGUUAAACACAUGAUGCUGCGUUCGAGUCAGCUCGGAGAAUUUCUGGCCUCCUGCUUGAAAACAGAUCAAGAAGCAGCCAGACAUCCUCACAAGUGAACAUUACUUAUUUAGUAAAUGACACUUUAUCACCCGUUGUGUGUCAUAUUCAGACUAAUUUAAUGUAAAGUAUUACACCAACAGCCUCUUAUGUCGUCUUCAUCCACAUUUUUUUUAUUUCCAGUUCCAGAGAAGUCGUAUUGAGUGUUUACAUUUGCAAGUCGUUUCAUUUGGAGCUCACAAUUGUCCGAACUGACUCAAACGCAGCAUUAAACAAACUUCUCGGGCCUCUAGUUUCACGUCGUUGAAGUGUUGCCAACGUCACAGCGGUUAAUCCGAAUCGUCCUGAAAAAUCUAAUUUUAACCUAAAAGAACUUAUUUAACAGCCUUAAAAUUAGCUAGACUUUAUAUUUUCUCACUUUUUGACUGGUCUGACUCUAAAACAAGCGUUGCAUUUCAUUCUAUGUUGCGUUUAAAAGUUCUGAAAAUGUCUUAAACUUAGCAGAGUUUUACCAAAAGUUUGCUUAUUUGAUUUAAAUAUUUUCAAAAUAUGAAAAACCUGUCUGAAAUUACUCAAAAGUUGUCUUAAAUUACUUCAAAUUGCCAGACUGACUAUCUUGGAAACUGCAGAUCCGAAGUCAGAUUUAUGAUGGAUUCGGAAUCUUCCAUCUGUGAUAAAAACUUGUACGAAAACAUAUAGAAAAGGACUCCAGAUUUUUCAAAAAUUGCAAAAAAUAUGUUGAAGAUGACCCAAAAUUUAUCUAGAAUGUCUCAGAAAUGUCCCAAAAGGACUCAACAGUUGUCCAAACUAACACAAAACUACUAAAAUCGUCUUGAAAAAUGUUCAGGUUUGGUCCAGUUUGAUGACCAGGUCUGAGAGACCAGAACCCAGCCUAAGUCUAGUAUCCAGCUGUACAAAACACCUGAAAUCUUCUCCCUUUAAAUUCAUCAGUCUCAAAAAUGACUUGAAACCUGUUCUUAAUGACUCAAAAUUUGUCCAAAACGUCCGGAAUAAAAAACUUUUGGCACAAAAAAUGGCACAAUUUGCUCAAAAUUACGCAAAAAUAGUCCAAAAUGAAACAGACUUGUGUAAAAAUGACUAAAAUUGUCCAAACAUACUUGAACUUCACUCGAUAUUAGUCAAGUUGUCCCAAAUGACAAGAACAAUAAUCAAACUUUGUCCAAAAAGACUCAGAAUUUGUCCAGAAUAACAUAAACGUGUAAAUGAGAAAAUAAAAACAGUCCCAGAACUUUUUGAUUGCAGUUUGUAUCACAAACAAGCUGUUAAAUUUUGCUGCUGCAAAUGUCAUAAAACCUUUAAUGGGAUUCGGUGUAGCACCUUUCACUAAGCCUUAAGUGUUGAGGAGAAAACUUGAGGUGUUUUGUGCAGCUGAUUAAUGAGAAUUUACAGUUAAAACUUCAUUUUAAGGUCUUUAACCUCCGCCUUCUAUAUUAAAUACAGACUCUACACGUGAAAUUCUCGGGUGUUCGAGGAUCCAGCAGCUAAAAACGUCGACGUUUGUGCCAAAAGCUGCAGACGAGUCAUUUUAGAUGGCAGCGUUUUUUGGCAUUUGUUUAGUUUUUGGAGAAAGAAAUGGAUUUGUUGUAGACGAAGAUGAGUGUUUUCAUUAUUCACAAACCAGAUCUGAAAAAAAGUGAUUUUUCACGCAAAAAUGUCAAAAAAUCUGCUUUAAAAUUUGUCUUUUUGUCUGUUGUGAGGGUUUUCACUGACGGUUGGAUAAAAUGAGACAUGAGAAGAGGGCAGUUUUGCAUUUUUUGCUUUUAUUUUUGUAACGGUUGUUUUAAAGACCAUUUAUUCUCAGUUUAAAACGGCAACUUAGUGCGAAAACCGGCCGUCGAGCAAACAGAAAAAAGCGGUGGUGAUAAACGGUUUAAAUGUGGAGCUUCUGCUGCUUCAAGAGGCAGAGAAUCAAAUACGAACUUCACAUCAUGAUGCUGCCACCACCGUGUUUCAGAUCAUGAUGCUGCCACCACCACGCCAAACCUCAUGAUAAACUCUCAAAAUCAGACCGAAGCUAAAUAUUGAGUGUUUGAGCUCAUCUAAGGUUUAUUUUGAAAUAUAAAUCAUAAUUAGCUGCAUCCUAUUUUUUAAUGUUUUUUUUUUUGUAACAUCAGAAAUCAGUCAGAAGUCCAAAAUGAUCAAUUAACUGUAAUUUAAGUGGAAGAAAAUCAGCAGUUUGGGAGAAAACAGGUAUAAAAAUAAAGAUUAGAGUGGAAGCUUUGUGCAGCUUUUCUCAACUAGGAUCCUUUAAACAAGUCAUGAGGUGAAUCUGUGCUGUUCAUGUUAACCGUCGCUUUAGACUAAAGUGCCUAAAAUAAGCCUGAGGUGUGUUUUUAUCUGUUCGUCUGAAUUAAAAGGCACUACGUCGGUCACAUGGUGCCUUCAUUCGAAGAGGAGAUGACGAAGCUCGAUGAGGAGGAGCUUCUUCAUGAGACGCUGAUGUGAUGAAUUUCAUUGUGUCGCUCAAUAAAAUCUUUUCUAUGACUCAAAA